UACAUAGCAGAGUUGGUUCUCUUCACGGUCGUUAGCAGACGAAACCUAAUGGUCUAAAAACUUUCUACUAAAUGCUCGGAUAGCUCGAGAAAGUUCAGUGCACGCGUCGCUAAGUAGCAGAUUAGAAACCAUGCAUUUAGAAAUUAUCUGAUGUUUAAUACUGGCUAAUUUCUCAUUGAAAGAUAAGUGGUAGUUACUUAUUGUGAAUACUACGAGGUAAAAAGUAGUAAAUAUGAAAGAAGCUAGUCACAUCAGCUAAAGGUGUCCACUAGAUAGAGAUGGCCAAGUUGAGCAAGCAUAUUCAAAACAAGAAAAAAGAUCGGGAAAAGAAGAGAGCAAAGAAGUUGAAAAAUAGAAGAGUCAGUGCAAUUGGUAAGCACAAGCUCGACACGAUUAGCGCCCUUAAAAACGAAAUAAAUAACGACCUUGAAAUAUCUAAAAAUGUGCGGUCCCAAACAAAACUGACCAAGCAUAACCGAAACAUCAAAAUACCAAUUAAUGUGGACCACAGAACGGAACAAACCCAACCCAAGAAUAAAUAUGACGGUGAAGUUUCGAUGUACUUAAGUACUAGUGAGAAAAAUUACACUUUAAUGGAGGCAACGAAUCUGGCAGAAAAACCUUCAGGGAGCUUUGACUUGGUGAAAAAGGCACUUGGAGCAACCAUUGAUGCCAACAGGGUGACAGACGUAGAAAAGAGCAAAAGGCCAAAAAAAAACAAUCGAUGGAAAAAGCUAAAAGCUGAACUCCAAGAAAAGAAGAAGAAACGAGAAGAUCUAAAAAAGAAGAUUGAUAACGUCAGUUACAAUCAAGGCCAUUCUUCUCAUGCAAUUGGCGAUUUAACUGACGGCUGUGCCGCCAGCGACUUUAAAACUCUUAUACCCAACGAAGCCAAGACUAUUUCGCAGCGACAAGAAAAGAAACGCGAAUGGAGGAGGCAAAUGAAACGACUACAGAAGCUAAAACUCAAAUGGGUCAAGGAAGGACAGACAGACAUAGAAGCACUUGUUAGUGAAUGGCGCCACAAAAAACGCGAUUCAUUAAACAGCGAUGGAGGAAAUACCAAAGGAUCAAGACUACUAUGCACAACGGAAGAUAGCACACAUCCAGAUGCAAUGAGCAAGAAGCAAACCAAUGAUGCAGUCACUGGAAUAAAAGAUCACAAACCAGCGGAGAAGAUUUGCGCAGGUGAGAAAAUGCAGGCCAUAAAAAAGAUAAAUCUGCCAAAAAGCAACAGUGAUGAGGUCCACUCUGAUAACAACAACGACAUAAGCCAAUCUGAACCUGAUUAUAAAGUCAAUUCUGCCUUCGAAAGGAAUAUUGCACAAUUGAAAAAAGUCGGCACGAUGAAUAAGCAGAGCAUGUCGGGAACCUCAGAGGUUACAAACAAAGCUCUUCAAAGACUUCGAGUGGCCCAAUUUCGAAUAAUUAACGAAUCACUGUAUACACUAAAAAGCGACGAAGCUAGGAAAUUGUUCGAGAAUGACCCUUCAGCCUUCCAGAUUUACCAUGAUGGUUAUCGAUCUCAGGUCUGUAAAUGGCCAAUAAAUCCACUGGACAGAAUCAUCGAGGGAAUCAAACGCACGGCACCGCAAGGAGCAAUUAUCGUUGAUUGCGGUUGUGGAGAUGCCAAACUGGCAAAAAUAUUGAAACCACUUGGCUAUACGGUCCAUUCGUUUGACCUUGUAUCAAAUAAUGAGCACGUGGUCGCAUGCAACAUGAAGGAUCUUCCUCUGAAGGAUGAAACUAUUGACAUAGCUGUAAUGUGUCUGUCGCUUAUGGGUACAGAUAUGGGACAAUUCAUUCUUGAAGCAAAUCGGAUCCUGAAAACGAGGGGUAUGCUCAAGGUAGCUGAAGUAGAAAGUCGGAUUCCAUCAGCGGAGGCCUUUACCAAUACCUUGAAGUACUACGGGUUUAAACUUUACAGCCAGAAUACGUCUCAUAAUGUGUUUGCCUUUUUUGAUUUUACCAAAAAUAAAAGCGUUCCAAAGGCUGCUGAAAACAAUAUGGAUAAGCCUCUAUGGUUAAAACCGUGUCUUUAUAAAAAAAGAUAAAAAGCUAGCAAUAAUAUGAAACAAUAAAGUAAUGCUAAUUUUUGUCACAUGAGAAUUGCGUUUCCUAUUAAAUUCGUGGAGCUGUUACUAACUGCUUCGCGUAUUGAACCGAAAAUUCACUUAUUUUCACCUAAUAUGCUUACAUAAAGUAACGAAUCACUAUUUUCAGAAGAACCCUUUUAGAUUUUUUUUUAAAUGGUUUAUCUCGUAAUUAGAACGACUUAUGUAACAGCGGGAUAAAACGUAUUUUUGCUACAUUACUUUAAGAGUACGUGAUUAAAUUAAUUUAAAUUUACCUUAUGGAAAUAGGUAUAAAAGGCCCUCAAAAAAUCGUGCUAAAAAUGAGUUAAAAAGAAUCGGUGCGUUAAUUAUUUUGGAACAACAAAUUUAUAAGACACGUAUAAGCUAGUCUCUUAAUAUUUCUUGAAAAUGUGUGAUGCCAUUAUUCUUAAUCACUUUUUCCAAUUUUUAGAUUUUUUUUUAGUUACUAUAUAUACAUCAUAUUUUCAGAUCCUGCUCGGAAGCCUAUAUAGAUAUCUGUAAAAUCUAUAGGUGUUCGAUUCUACCAUUUCAACUCCACACUAGUUUAUUAGUGAGAACUUCUUGAAAAUUUAUUUGUAUCCUAUGUAACUGUCUAAGCGUGUUAAAAUUUUUUUGGGGGGAGGGGCGUAUAUUGCAUACAACAACAACCUUUGCACCGUAGAGCUUGUUUCACCUAAAUUUUCUAUUAUUUCUGCAAUAAAUGAUUCGUAUUAUGCUGCUUGAUUUCGUUAUACCUAUCAUUAAUUUUAAUUACUCAUGUUAACUAACUCGCAUUAUCCGUUAAAAGCCGUCCUAAUAAUGUUGGUCCAUACAUAACAGUAAUAGCGCGGUAUUUGACGUCACGUCACGUAUCCCAUGUAGGAUUUAUUGAAUAA